GGGACUUCCCGGCUGUCGUACGAUUUCUCGUUUAAAAGGGGAACGCUGUUUAGCUAUGCCCAUUCAGUUUCACCAUUUUCACCAAACUACGACGACUACGUUGACCUUCGUGGAUUUUUAACGAUGACAAGGAUCAUCCUUAUUUUCAACAUUAUUCUCAUUGUUUUUCAAUUCAAAAAUGAUUUGAUCCUUGGCUCGCCAUUAACCGAAACUAUGAUGAAUCGUCUCAACGUUACCGGUUGUCCAAGGAUUGUAACUAGAGAGGAAUGGAAAGCACGUAAACCUUUGGGCGAGCAACAAAUCGAACGUACACCAACGCCAUACGUAGUUAUUCAUCAUGGUGGAAUACGUCAAUAUUGUUACGAUCAAGAAACAUGUAGCAAAAUAGUAAGAUCUUAUCAGAGAUUACAUAUCGAUGAUCAUGGUUGGUUCGACCUUGGUUAUAAUUUUGUAAUUGGCGAGGAUGGUAAUAUUUACGAGGGCCGUGGAUGGAAUAAAGUUGGUGCACACGCGCCCGGAUAUAAUUUUCAAAGUAUCGGCAUUUGCAUUAUAGGUGAUUUUAUGGAUUUUCUACCAAAUGCCUUGGCUCUUCGUGCUUUAAAUUCUCUGAUCUCAUGCGGCGUCUUUCUUGGAAAGAUACAUCAUGAUUACAAUGUUAUUGGACAUAGGCAAGCGCGUAAUACGCUUUGUCCAGGAGAUACGUUUUACAAAUACGUCAUGACGUUUCCUCAUUGGACAUCUCAUCCUAUACCUGAAAAAGUACAAACUACAACUACGGAUGCACCAUCGAAGGUACCAAAUGGAAACGACCUGAAUAAUAAUGAUAACGGCGUACCAAUACAAACGAAUAAUUUCAUAUGCCUGAUAUUAGUAUCUAUGUGCAAAGGUCAUGGACACGAAUGUAUGUGUUCAACGACGGAGAAGACGAUCAAAGUAAUCAGAAUGGUACGAGCGACGUUUCUACUUAUUGCAACGUGCAUCACAAUUUGCCAUCCAGCGGAAAUUGCAAAUUCUGCUGCAACUUCUGAAAUACCUAACAUCAUUUCAAGACAACAAUGGGGAGCUAGAUCACCGAAAACCACUAUACGUCCUCUUAGAAUAAAUCCACCUCCGUAUGUUAUUAUUCAUCAUUCGGAUACUGUUAGUUGUAACACUCAAGCUAUUUGUCAGGCUAGAGUGAGAAGUUUUCAGAAUUAUCAUAUGGACACGAAAAAAUGGAACGACAUAGGCUACAAUUUUUUGGUCGGUGAAGAUGGUAAUGUCUACGAAGGUCUUGGCUGGGGUAAACAUGGCUCUCAUUCAAUCCCAUAUAAUUCCAAGAGUAUUGGUAUUUGCAUCAUUGGUAAUUAUACCAAUACCACACCAAAUCCAGCGAGCAUUCGGACAACGAAGAAUUUGAUAGCUUAUGGUGUAGCUAACAACAAAAUCAAAUCAGAUUAUAAGCUUCUUGGCCAUCGACAAACCGCUCAAACCGAUUGUCCUGGAAAUUCAUUAUACGAUAUGAUUAAAACAUGGAAUAAUUGGAGCGAUACGCCAUGAGAAAUAUAAUCGUUAUGCGAUUAAAUUUAUUUACGAGAUAUAACGUUAUAUCGUUAUAGAAUUGACAAUUAUUGUUAUAUCGUCUCAAUAAUCAUUUUGACUUGUUUUCAAUUAACAAUAUAAAUAGAUACGUACAAAUUUGACAUUUCUACGAAUAUUUUCGUUUGUUGUAUCGUAAAGAAAGAAUUUUGAAAGGAUUCUUAAUAUUUUAUUUGCUUAUAUAGUUAUCGUGGGUGAAUCUUUUGUAAUUUGUAAUGCGUAAGGUUUACGUUGUAACUUCAUUAUUCUUUUUUUUUUUUUUAUGAUAUACACAAAGACAAAUGUAUAUAUCUACAAAAGUAUAAAAUUUUCUCAAUGAUUUACAAUA